AUGAACAGUCACGACAGCAACGACCUCAACGAUCUCACUCUGCCGCCCAACAAUCCACGAGCACUCCCCGUCUCGCCGACACCUCCAUCCUCGUCAUCCUCAACUCAUCAACCUUCUUCCUCUGCCGACUUCGGGUCAUUCAACUCAGCACCUCUGUUAGCCCCACCAUUGCAGCAGCAGCAGCAGCGUCAUCAUCAGGAUCCUCCAAUCCAGCUCCACUCCCACCCUGUCUCUCAACCUACGGGAAUCCCAGUCUCAAAUAUUACUUCCUUGCUGGACGAUGACGAUCUGCUAGGUUCCUUUGACCAUUCGACCCUCGAGAGGGCUAACAAGUCAUCUUCGCAGAGACCCUCUCAGAGUACAACUCCAGCCUCUAUGGAAGUCGAUCUGCUGGGAGGAGAUGUAUGGGAGGAUGUGACACCUCAUCGGACCCACGACAAUCCAAGAGUCCCCCCUUCAACACCUCACUACUCACCUCAACCAAGCAGACGGUCCAUGUCUCCAGUACAUAUACCUUUACCACCUCGUCCUUCAGAGAUAUCCCCAGAUUACGCUCCACCCCCUCCUCUAAAAUCCCCAAGACGUAUGUCGUCACCAUAUUUCUCUCUUAGUCUCAGCUCACCGCCUAUCGUUACGGAUGCUGGUAACGAUAUCAUUUUCCAUCCCGCUCAUCAACCCAAGGAUGAUGGCGCUGCAAGAGAGAUGCGCAAGGUACAACAACACGAUCCCGGUAUAACCAUAACGGGAUCGUCGAAUCCUAGCUCUUCGUCUGAAGGCUCAGAUCUUCGUCGAACGAUAACGAGAAGUCCUCCUCAUCACUCAAAGCUUCUAGACACCUUAGCAACAACGUCUAAAAUUGCAUCGAAAUGGCGAUCUGCCAUUACCAACUCUACAUUUACCCCUCCUCAUAACAUCGUGCCGACUGAAAAUCAACAUAUAGCAAGCACAAAACAUGCCGAACCCGUUCCUAUCGAUAUCACCCAUCAGAGCCCUUUCGCAACUGCCGAACAAGUUGCAGGAAGCUACAGGGCACCAUCGGGUGCGCCUGGUUUCGACCCUCGCCAGAAUGCUUCACCAAGAUAUAACGACAAAGACGAUGAAUGGGGGAAGGUCACCUUGUCUGGUAGACGUGAUAGCACUGAAGCAGUCUUGACGUCAGCAGAUGCAGAUAAGCUGCGUGGUCACUUACCUCCCCGUCAACGAUUGUCUGGGAAUUGGAUCCUUCUAUUUUCCCUUGAUCAGCAUGGUGCUUCACUGUCCACUCUUUAUCGCCUGGUGGAACGGUAUGGACAGACUCACAGGACUUCCGGCAAUUUGUUGGUCGUCCGCGAUGGUCGAGGUAAUCGAUUUGGUGCCUAUAUCAACGAGUCCAUCAUGAAGCGGGAAGGAACAUAUUAUGGAACUGGCGAAUCAUUCUUGUUCAAGCUUGACGCUGUGUCCGGUGUCCGAGUCUACCGUUGGACAGGCAGAAAUCAGUACUUCGCUCUUUGCGAAUCUGGUUUCAUUUCUUUCGGCGGUGGUGACGGGACAUAUGGUUUGCUGCUCGAUUCUACGUUCACUCAAAAUUCCUCUGCCACUUGCCCGGCCUACGAUAAUGAAAUUCUCUCAGAAUCUAGCCCGAGAAAGUCCUCUAAGGCUUCUUUGUUCGACUGCGUCGGCCUGGAGGUUUGGGGUACGUAG